CAGACACUGUAUGACAAAAAAGCUGGCCAUCGCUUCGACAAAUGCUUUUCAUGGACCAAGCAGACACAGGGUGUCGCCGAGUUGUACAUGUGAGAGGUGGUCCGGCGCAUCAACAUUGCGCUUAACCAGCAGUUGAUUCAUGUCCAUCGAACGCGCUGGAACGCAUGGGGUGAAAUCGCUUCCUGCAAACACGACUUGCAAUUAUCCGAUCAGAACUUCUGUCCACGCACGCCAUCCCCACGUUUCGUCUUGCUUCACACCGCUGAUCACUCUCUGCUCGGGUGGCGCAGUUCAUCGCCCUGGCUGAAAUGACCAUCGACAUCCCCAUUGAGAGCCUCCCUCAUAGCUUCGGCUAGGUAAAGUUGCGGUCUCCGUCAACAAUGGCCGAAAGAGGCGACUGCUCUAUUCGCAUGUUGCGCCUUGUCGACUACUCAAUGAUGUAUCGCUUGUGGCCGUCAGAGCAAGUGCAGCAUCCCUGGUUUCCAUCGAGCUCCCUGCGAGGCACUACUCUCUUGCCAUUGCGAUGGCGUAGAACGCUCACUGCGUGUACGAACGUAUCUCACCAAAGGUAAUGACGGACAUUGCUGCUAGCUCAGCUCGGACGAUGUGCCGAAAUAUGGUCAAUGGGGAGCAAAGUCAAUGGUCAUGUUGUCAGACGAAUCAUGGACGAAUAUCCUGCAGAGAGCUGAACAUCUCCUCCCACCUCCC